AUGAACUGUGCUUCCUGGUUUCAUUUGCAACUCGACCAAGGUUUGGACAAUGAACACAUCAGGCAAGGAAUUUUCAAUCUUCCCCACACCCUCAGUGCCGCCGAUGUCUGCGAGGAGUUCCUCCGGCUACUCCAGGCUGCAUCGCCCCGCUAUGCAGCAACGGGGAAAUGCGGGGUGGCGUCGAUUUACAGCCGCCUGUACAGCUUGAUGCAGGCCCGGUUUGGCGACGGGUUCACAGGUCGCCCCGUCAAUAGCAGAGCUCCGGGAAGUCAGUUUAUGAUCCAGUUUGAAGCGUUGCUUUUGAAUCUGCGACAGGACCAUUUCCCGGAGCGUCAAUACCCCCUGAUAUUCCCCAUGCCCCCCAACAACCCCAGUUCCCAUUCAUUAUGA